GAUCCCGUGCGGCAGCUGGUGCCGUAACCUGCCACCAUGGGGGUUAAAACGAUGCUCCCCAACUACGAGCUGGGGUUUUAUGCCCUCGUGGUCACCUGUGCCGUGGUUUACAGUGGCAGUGGCAUCUUCGAAGCAUCCAGAGACAGCAUGAACAGAAAGGCCUUUCGGGAUGGAAUAAAGCCAGGCUGGCAUUACUUCGGCAGGAAGAUGGACGUGGCCGAUUUCGAGUGGGUGAUGUGGUUCACCUCGUUCCGGAACGUCAUCAUCUUCGCGCUCUCGGGGCACGUCCUCUUCGGCAAGAUCUGCUCCAUGACGGUGCCACAGCACCGGGCUGUGAUGUACAUGAUCUACGGGGCCCUGGCCGUGCUGGGCAGCAUGGGGCUGGUCUACCUGAUGAUCAUCCUCUCCCACUGCCUUGUCCUCUACUCCGUGGCGCUGGCCAAGCAGAAGUGGCUCUGCUACGUGGCCGGGCUCUGCUGUCUCGCCUCCUUCAAGGUGGAGCCGUUUGGCUCGUGGCAGAGCGGGUUUGUGACGGGAGCUUUUGAUCUCCAAGACGUCCUUUUCUACGGGGGCAGCACCUUCACCAUCAUGCGCUGCAUGAGCUUUGCCCUCGAGAGCUCUGAGAGGAAAGAGGGCAUCUACUCCAUCUUCGACCUCCUCAAGUACAACUUCUACCUCCCCUUCUUCUUCUUUGGGCCUGUCAUGACCUUUGACCAGUUCCAUGCCCAGGUGAGCACGCGGGAGCUGAGGCGCAGAGACGACGAGAUGAGGAGCAUCCGGGUCAACGCCCUCCUGCACGCGGGGGCCGUGGUGGCCGUGGACAUCUUCUUCCACUUCUUCUACAUCCUCACCCUCCCUUCCGACCUGAAGUUCGUCACCCGCCUCUCGGACUGGUCCCUGGCUGGCCUGGCCUACUCCAAUCUGGUGUAUGACUGGGUGAAAGCUGCUGUCAUGUUUGGGGUCAUCAACACCAUCGCCAGACUGGACCACCUGGACCCGCCCCAGCCCCCAAAAUGCAUCACCAUGCUCUACAUCUUCGCAGAGACGCAUUUUGACAGAGGGAUUAAUGACUGGCUGUGCAAGUACGUGUAUGAUCACAUUGGAGAGAACCAUGACAGCAUCCUGAAGGAGCUCGUGGCCAGUGUCACCACCUUUGCUGUCACCACCCUGUGGCUGGGGCCCUGUGAGGUCGUUUACAUCUGGUCUGUCGUCAACUGCUUCGGCCUCAACUUCGAGCUCUGGGUGCAGAAGUUCUUCCAGCUGGGGCCCUUUGCCAAACUGGAGGCCAAGCUGUCGGGGGCCAUGUCUCGGCGGAUCCGGGCGGCUUUCGGGGCGGUGAAUUUCUGGGCCAUCGUCCUCUACAACAUCCCUGCCCUCAGCAGCCUGGACUUUGCGCUGCUGGUGACCAAGAGGCUCCUCGUGACGGGUUUCCCUGUCAGCACCUUGUCCAUCUGGUUCAUCACGUACUGUGGAGUGCAGCUGAUCAAAGAGCGCGAGCGCAUCCUGGCCAUCCAGGAGGAGGAGAAGGGUGACAAGGCAAAGAUGGAGUAGGGGAGGCGUCAGCAGGCUUAUCCCAAAGCCUUGUCUCCCUUCCAGCCACCUGCUGCCAGGUCAGCCCCUGGCUGGGGCUCUCCAGGCCCUCCUGACAAUCGGACUUGUAGCUCACCCUUGUAGAGGUCACCGGGAAGGCACCGCUCACCCCCUUGCUGCAGGAAGGAUUUUCCAUCAGGCACAGUGGGCGUUUCACAGGCUCCCCAGGCAGCUCCCAGGAUGUUUCUUUAAUGCCAGGUAGAGCCCAUCCCAUGGUUUUUCUGACCCUCUGACAUCGUGCAGGCCUAGAGACGUCACCCACAACACUUGGUCCACCAACACUCGGCUCUCCCACGGGACGUGUAGCUCAUGUUUCCCUGAGGAGACCCUCCAAGUCCCAUGGCUGGAGGUUUUAGGGUGGCCCAGGACACUGAGAAAAGGAUUAGCUGGGGCUGAGCCUGCUCUGAGCAGACCAUCUCAAUCCCCUGUUCCCUUCACCACAGGACAUGAUCUGAUUUACUGUGCGGGGUUCAGCUCCUGUGGCUGUGCAGUGAGGGCUGUGAAAGGGCUCAGCAGGAUCCUCUCCUGCCAAGAGGUAGUAAAUUAAUAGUAGAGGCUUUACAGCAAAGGGAAGGAGGACCAGGAAGGACACAUGGGAGGGUGACUCUCUCCCCACCUCUGUCAGCCGUGCAUGGCGGUGGGUGGGUGUGACAAUCUCUAUGAAACACAGGUCCCUUCAUGGAUAAAUAUCUC